GCGCACUGAUACCCUUGGUUCCUGUUAGAGGUGACAUGAGUGCAUCGCUUCCGAAAGCGGGGCAGAUUUCGUAGCAUCGGUGUUAUUUUGUAAUACUGUGCAGUUAUUUCCAAUAUGGGGCUGCUUCCAGAUGAAGCUAAGGGUCUUCCCCCUCCCGGGAUAGUGAACAGAAAUUCGGUUUGGUUUGGGAUUAUGGGCUGGUGCACAGCAAUGUUUCAGAAUGCCCUGAACCGCAGACCGCCUAUGAAAUCUGGAGUUCAUCGUCAGGCCCUUCUCAUCAGCAUUGGCUGGUUUCUUGGGUACCACCUCACGAAAUAUGAGUCCUACACCUAUGCCAAGUUGGACAGAGACAUGCAACAAUACAUUUCCCAGCAUCCCAGUGAUUUUCAGGAGAAAGAGAAACCAACGUUCUCAGACGUUUUGGAGGACUUUCAUCCCAUUCGCUGAAUUUCAGAAGUCCAGCUGAAUACCAGAAGAUAUCUCCAUUAGCUUUAAAAUACUAUCAAUAUUAAAGACUAUAAAACACUCA